GCGUCUUUUGGUGAUUAAUAUCUUGGGCCAUAUCUUGCCUCUCUAGUCGGUGGGCUCUCUCUGGAAUGUGAUCGCAGUGAUACUACCUUUUAACUUAAUUUAUUUAAUACGCAUUUGAGAUCUCGAUCCAAACAAAAACGAGAAAUGGUUGCACUCCGCGUGUAGAGUGGAAGCCGGGAAGGGUCAACAACCAAAACUCAAAGCCUCCGGGGGGCUCCGGGAGCACGAUAGUUUCGUAAGUUUUUUUCUUUCACUAACCGUAAGCAAUUCGUGGUGGUGGUGGUACAGCAGUAAUCGGGAGCAUAACAUGUUGUAAAUAGCGGUGAGAAGAAGAAGAAGAAACGGUGCCACUAGAAAGUGUGAAGAGCAUCGAGAGUUUGAGGCAAAGAGUAAUUACUGUAAGAAGCCAGCAGUCGUCAGCAGGAGUCACAUACAUUCCAUCCAGUUUGCGUUUUAAAACAAAACUCAUUUCUCCGUUUCACGCUUCCGUUUCGUUCAUUUGAGCCUCGCCCUGUGUAACAAAUGACCGUACGUCACCUUGGCUCCCGCGGAAUUCCCCGAAAAAGCGGCAACGAAUUCGUGGUGGCCACAUAUACCUGUUCUACCGUCGUCUAAUAGAUAAUGGGAGUAAAAGUCCGUGCCGUCGCAUCCCACGGCGAUGACGGCGGACAAACGGCACUAGAUAAGUAAUUGAUUAGUUGGAUUAGUAAACUGCAGCUACCGACGCAGUACGUCCAGGUCCAAUUGUUUCUCCAUUCGUCCAUUCUGGUUCUGGUUCAGUUCUUUCUAACCACACGCUUACGUCAUGCAUAUCCUUCUCGAACAUUCAUUUUUGAUAAUUCGAAAUAUUAAACGGGCCAAAAAAGAAAACGGAAAGCGGGAACGAAACGGAGCAAGCGGUGAUCAGCCCCUGGACACAGAGCCUGAUUGAUGGUAGCCAGGAAUAAAAGAAGGAAGAAAGAAAGGAAGGAAAAGACAACCAGCAGAUAAAAUAGUAUUAGCGUUGUUUGCUAGCCCCUUGGUCCCCUUUGUAAACAGUGUGUGGUUGGCAAAUGGCAAGUGUAGGGAAUGGCCGGACGAUGUGCAAUUAGAGUUCCGAUAGAAUUAGCUCAAAACCAGAAGCAUGCCCUGCGAUCCUUCUGCGGAUUGUGGUAGCAGGCUCCGGGCAGACCGGUGCGUGUAUGUACGUGUGCGUGCGCGUGUGUGUGCAAUAGUAUAAAAGUGGAUGGAACGGGCUGGAACUACCUGCGCUACUGAACCCCCGGUGGGGCGAAAAUGGUUGUUUCAUACAAAAGCAGAAAAACAAAAACACACUACAAAAAUGGGUGCAUUACGAAGCACCGGCACUCGGAACCAAUCCACACUAGUAUUCUUCCAAAAGUUGAUCUGCGUUGAAGUGACACAAAUUCCUCUCUUAUUCGCGAUACUGGGGAGCGGGCCCUCGAGAGUAGUAGCCCGCUGAAGGCUAGCCAUACUCUCUCUCUCCCUCUAGAAUCAAGCCAGAGGUGAAGAGGUCUAGAGAGAGAGAAAAUCGUAGCAACCCAAGAAAGAAAGAAAAUCGAAAAAAAAACACUCAAACAACAAACUCUUAAAACGAAGUAAUGCAAAAGUACGAUCUAGAAAACUGGAUAUUAUGGAUAUAAUGUUGAAUGUUGAAUUAAACUUGAUAACCCUUUAGCGAAGAGUGUGCAAGAAUGGCGAAUCGCAAAAUCGAAGAAAUACGAAAACACGACGACUACUCAGAUGAACAUGCUCGAUGGGAAAUCGGAUGUGAAGCACGACUUCGAUCGAACGAUCGUCAUCCAGUGAGUAUCGAGGAGCACGAGAGAGAGAGAGAGAGAGUGCGAUAUGCUGUUGCUGUAGAUCAUACCUGUUCAUAGCACCACGGCCGCUCCUUCUCGUACGACCAACAGAAAAAAAGGAAAACCUUUUGAGCGUCGCGCGCAUCAACGUCGAAACCAAGGAACCGGAUGGACAGCUGGUGGUUGCCCCCUCGGGAAUCGGGGAUACAUGAAGGUACAUUUUCGCGGCAGCAAAAAGAGAGAGACCAAACUAACUAGAGUGCGAAAUGCGGUGGUUUCCUAGCUCGAUGUGGAUCUCAGUGACCAUCGAGCUAGCUCAUGUAGAUUAGUAGAGUUUUACUGUGCGGUGGAGGCGGAAGGAUGUUUAGCAGUACACUGUUUUAUCUUAUUGGAUUUUUCGGUUUCGGUUUCCUUCUUCAAACGCGUUUGGUGCCACCUUCCUGUUCUGACGACAUAACGACGAAGUGUUAAAUCGAACUUUCGUUUAAAACAAAGAGAGGUUUAAGCGAUUUUGUGAUCCACAAAAAUCAUUCAAACGUCGAAACCGUAGAAAAAAGGGAUCGAACGGACGACGGGGCAGGCCUGUUGCUUCACCCAUCUAUUUGCGCAUUCGAAUAAACUCAGUUGGCCAUACCAAAAAUGGCCUCGCAAUGGGCUCCGUAGUCGUCGCAGAUCGACGCGGUAUCGCGGGUUAGAUGCUGGAACUAGAAUCAAUACCAAACGCAACGGUUGCGUAAGAUGUUUUUCAACACACUAAUGGUUCAUUAGCUUGUUGAUAAAAUAAAAAAUCUGAAAUCUGAAUAGAAAACAAAGGCCGACAGAAACCAGAGGUACUACAAAGUGGAGAUCUAAUCGCCGGGGGAAGAGAUGGUAGAGCGGUACUUUAACUAACAUACUUGGUACGUAACUGCGCGUUCAUUGCAACAACAAAAAAAACACCGACACACCGAUGUAAAAGACACACACAAUAAACACAGAAACUCAAUAUAAAACCAAAGCACAUGCCAACAAGCAAACUUGGAAACUUUCCACCAGGCAUAUUCGGGCUGGUUUCGGGGCAUCGCCACCCAAGUGCAAGGAAAUGUGCAAAUUGAACAAAUACUAUGACAAAUUAUAAUUUUUUAAGUAGAGAAAAUAAACCAAAU